GUCCCCACGCUGCUUCGCCCUGCCCACCACAGCAUCCCGCAGUUCCCCGACCACACCGUUCCGCCGCGCACAAGAGCCAGCCGCCCAGCCCCGCGCCGGGAGUAAGUUUGUUCUUUUGUCAAUAUGUCGAGGGAGGAGAAUGUUUACAUGGCCAAGCUGGCUGAGCAGGCUGAAAGGUAUGAGGAGAUGGUUGAGUAUAUGGAGAAGGUGGCUAAGACUGUAGAUGUUGAAGAGCUCACUGUUGAGGAGCGUAACCUCCUGUCUGUUGCAUACAAGAAUGUGAUUGGGGCUCGCCGUGCUUCAUGGCGCAUUGUCUCUUCCAUUGAACAGAAGGAGGAGUCCCGUAAGAAUGAAGAGCAUGUGAACCUUAUCAAGGAAUACCGUGGGAAGAUUGAGGCUGAAUUGAGCAAUAUCUGUGAUGGCAUCCUGAAGCUGCUUGAUUCCCACCUAGUUCCUUCUUCUACUGCUGCCGAAUCAAAGGUCUUCUACCUCAAGAUGAAGGGUGAUUAUCACAGGUAUCUUGCGGAAUUUAAGACUGGCACAGAGAGGAAGGAAUCUGCUGAGAGCACGAUGGUGGCCUACAAGGCUGCUCAGGACAUUGCUCUGGCUGAGAUGGCACCUACCCAUCCGAUAAGGCUUGGGCUUGCUCUUAACUUCUCAGUGUUCUAUUAUGAGAUUCUGAACUCCCCAGACAAAGCUUGCAACCUUGCAAAGCAGGCGUUUGAUGAAGCUAUCUCUGAGUUAGACACCCUUGGGGAGGAGUCAUACAAAGAUAGCACUCUGAUCAUGCAGCUCCUGAGGGACAACUUGACCCUUUGGACCUCUGACCUCACGGAGGAUGGUGCCGACGAGGGCAAAGAAGCCUCGAAAGGUGAUGCUGGCGAGGGACAGUAAUCUUCGGAGCGGGCAUGUUGUUCGAGCCCAUUGUUUUAGAUGCUCAAUGCUGUCGAAGCUGUGCCGUGCCAUUAUUGUAGCUUAUUUCCUCUCCCCUCACUCCUUUUUCCUUGUAUUGUAGGCUGGUAGUGGUCGAAUUAGUUCCCCAUUGCUUUGUGUUGCCGCUAGUUGGCACUAGGUCCGUGUGGACUGGUAUUGUUCCCUGUUGCGGUCUUAGCACGUCAAGACCGCGAUGGGAUCAGAUUCACUCGUGCUCGACUGAGUCAGAGAAGAAUUGGGAGAAACGAAAAGGGAAGGAAGAACAGCGAAGAACGAGGAACAGAAAGAGAGGGAACAGACAGCAUAGCCGUGAUUGAUCUUCGUUUAUUCCUUGUCUGUGUAAUGCUUACACCUUUAUACGCGUUUUUACAACAGCCUUGGGCCCACCCUAACAACCCAACGCCUUACAGGAUGACAGCUCAAAUCAGCACGGCAUCCUUCUCUCGUGCGUUGUCUGAUAGCUGUCCGGCAACAGGCGCUGUAGCGCAUUUGGCACAUUCAGUCUGCCGUUUUCUUCAGUCUCCUCUCA